GGUUUUAGCUAUUCAUAGUUGUGAGAACCUCAGAGGUGUAUUAGAGGUCAGUGUGAGUCCUUCUAAUAGCAACUGCUGCCUGUCAGGGCCUGUCAGAUAACUCUAGCUCUCCGCCUUUGGACACAGUCUGUACUUUUCUUCAUAAACACACUGGGACUGGUCAUUGCAGAACAGUCAUGCAGGCUCAGGAGGUCCUGAGACAGCUGCAGAUUCCCGAGCUGGAAGAUUUUCGGCAGUACAUGCGCAGCUUGCCCACCAACGCACUCAUAGGCAUGGGUGCCUUCGCUGCCAUCACCACUUACUGGUUUGCCACCCGGCCGAAAGCCCUCACACCCCCCUGUGACCUCGGCCUGCAGUCAGUGGAAUUGCCAGGUGGAGAAUAUGCCCGGAGGUCGGUACUGAACGACAGCGACGAGCCCAUGACACACUUCUACAGCGAUGCAUGCACAAUGUAUGAGGUGUUCCAACGCGGGAUUAAAGUAUCCAAUGAUGGACCUUGUCUUGGAUCAAGGAAACCAAACCAGCCAUAUGAGUGGCAGUCUUAUAGAGAGGUGGCAGACAGAGCAGAGCACAUUGGCUCUGCUCUCCUUCACAGAGGACACUCUCAUACAGGAGACAAAUUCAUUGGCAUCUUUUCCCAGAACAGGCCAGAGUGGACAAUUUCCGAGCUGGCCUGUUACACAUACUCCAUGGUGGCAGUUCCAUUGUAUGACACACUGGGCACCGACGCCAUUGGCUACAUUAUCGACAAAGCCACCAUCUCAACAGUGAUUUGUGAUGUACCCCAAAAGGCUCGAAUGAUUCUGGACUGUGUCAGUGGGAAAGCACGAACGGUGAAGACAAUUGUCAUCAUAGAGCCAUUCGACAGCGAGCUGGUGACCCGUGGACAGGAGUGUGGCAUUGAGAUUCUGAGUUUAAAGGAGUUGGAGGCCAUCGGUGAAGCCAAUCUCCAUAAACCAGUGCUGCCUAAACCAGACGACCUUGCACUAAUCUGCUUUACAUCCGGAACCACAGGAAACCCAAAAGGUGCAAUGCUUACUCAUGGAAAUGUAAUCUCCAACACUGCAGCUUUCAUUAGAAUAACAGAGGGCAAGCUGAUGCCCAAAAGUAAAGAUGUUCUCAUCUCCUUCCUCCCUUUGGCCCACAUGUUUGAGAGGGUGGUGGAGUGUGUCAUCCUCAUCCACGGGGCUCGAAUCGGCUACUUCCAAGGCGACAUUCGACUUUUGAUGGACGAUUUGAAAAUGCUUCAGCCUACAGUGUUCCCUGUGGUUCCACGUCUACUCAACCGCAUGUUUGAUAAGGUUUUCAGUCAAGCCAACACGCCUCUGAAGAAAUGGCUGCUCGAUUUAGCUUUCAGGAGGAAGGAGGCAGAACUUAAAUGUGGUGUGGUCAGAAAAGACAGCAUGUGGGACAAACUCAUCUUUAAAAAAGUGCAGGCAAGCCUGGGUGGUCGUGUCAGACUCAUCAUUACAGGAGCAGCACCCGUGUCUCCAACAAUCCUCACGUUCCUACGAGCUGCACUGGGCUGUCAGUUUUAUGAAGGCUACGGCCAGACUGAAUGUACAGCUGGGUGCUCUAUGACAAUGCCCGGGGACUGGACAGCAGGUCACGUUGGGCCUCCUCUGCCCUGCAACGCUGUUAAAUUAGUGGAUGUAGUAGAAAUGAACUACCUGGCAGCCAAUGGAGAGGGAGAGGUGUGUGUCAAAGGACCAAAUGUAUUCAAGGGAUACCUGAAAGAUCCUGAGAAAACUGCAGAGGCAAUCGACAAGGAUGGAUGGCUGCACACAGGAGAUAUUGGGAAAUGGCUUCCUAACGGCACUCUGAAGAUCAUUGACAGAAAGAAGCACAUUUUCAAACUGGCACAAGGGGAAUACGUCGCUCCCGAGAAAAUAGAAUGCGUGUAUAAUCUCAGUGAUCCAGUGGCCCAGAUAUUUGUUCAUGGCGACAGCUUACAGGCGUGUUUGGUGGGGAUUGUGGUACCUGAUCCAGACUUUUUACCUAUUUGGAUCAAGAAAAAAGGGAUUGAAGGCUCCUACUCUGAGCUGUGCAAUAACAAGGAUGUGAAGAAUGCCAUUCUGGAGGACCUUCUGAGGUUGGGCAAAGAAGCAGGACUAAAGUCUUUUGAGCAGGUGAGAGACAUUGCGUUACAUCCUGAGCUGUUUUCGGUCCAGAACGGCCUGCUGACACCCACCCUGAAGGCCAAGAGAGCCGAGCUCCGGAAUCACUUCAGAGAGCAAAUUGAUGAACUCUAUGCCACACUUAAAAUGUAAACUCAGAAUUGGGGAGUACUGUAGUGAAGGUGAAAGUCCAAUAGAAGGCACAGCCAGAAUAUUAUUAUUAACUGAGGGGGGUUUUGCUCGAUUUGUCUUUCAGUGACAAUUUGAGAAUCUCAGUUUAAAGAAUGUUUUGCUUCAUCUAGUAAUUGUACCAAUAAAUGUUUCCCAUGUUCACUGGCUAAUUAGUUCAGAAUAUGUCAUAAGGAUGUUAAAAACACAAAGGGGUAAUGUAACCUGCUAGCCUGAAACUGCCUUUAUGUCUGACUACUUCCAGGUCAGAAAGAUGAAAACAUUUCCUGCAGUUUUAAUUCUUGGGAGAAACAGUGACUACUGUUGAACAGGCUAUUUAAUGUUGUGUGUGUGUGUGUGUGUGUGUAUAUAUAUCUAUAUACAUACACACACAUGCACACACACACCUAUUUAAUGUUUUGUUCCAUCUAUUAAAGUUGGUAUUUAAUGUAAUCCUUAAACCUGUAAAUAGUGUAUCUGCUGAAAGUAUAUUUGUAUGCAGAGUAUUGUACCUGAUAAUCUAUGUUUCUCAAUGCUGAAGGAUUGAUAAACCUUUUUAAUUGCAUAAUUUAAUUUGUGGCCUUUUGGGAAUCAUGUUGCUUGAUGGACUUUUUGUGCCUUUUUUGGUCGUUUUUGUUUUCUUUUAACACAGCAUGGUUUAUUUGUUUCACAUUUCAGUGCCAAAGGUUGCAAGAUAAAGCUUCACACUCAAUUGUUUUACACAUUUCAGUUUUCACAGUAAAUAUUUUGAACACUGGUAUCACGGUUUCUAUUAAAAGAAGUUUUUCUAAAUUAAUUCCAUGACACAUUUAACUUUUCUUAUGUAAAACAAAGCAACACUUCAGUUGCGAUUAAAUAUUUUGUUGUGAAUUGAGAUGUCUUAACUAGAUUUUGAUCUUCUCAUCACGUCGAGGCCUCCUUGACAGUUCAAGCCAUAUUGUUUUUUGUUUUUCUUGAAUGACUUAUGAUAUGAAAAGGGCAAAGGUGCAGUUUUGUGCUCAAGUUAUAAGUACAGUAUCUUUAUUUCUCAACUGUUCCAAAUAAAUACAUUCUUCCAAAA